AUGGAUUCCAAGCGAUCAAAGAAGGGUAGUUGCCCGAAUUGGGACACGCGCGAGUUUGUGUGUAUCAAAACACAGCCGACAUCAUACAAAGCCUCUGAGAGAGAACGCAGGGCCAGCCUUAUGAGUGAGGAUUUAUCGCUUCCACAGACUGUGGCUCUCCAUGAAGCAACAGCGUCAUACCACGCAGUUCUGGCGAGAAUGAAGGCCAGUAUACCCCCGGUCCUGUUUAAUGGGGCGUUGGGGGUUGUAGUUGGCAAGGUAAGGAGCAAGACUGAGUGA